UAAAAAAACAAAACUUUGUUUUUUUUCGCUCAGGUUGUUUUCAACUACGUAAUUUGUAACAUAGAGGGAUUUCGGCUAAAAGACAUAAACAAGGUCAUGGAAAACAAUAAAGGAUUUCGGGCACCGGUGUAAAAUAAUAUACAGAAAAUAUUGCAAACAUUUUUCUCAUCUACUUUUGAAUAUAAAAUGUAUUAAAAAACAAAAAUAAAUUCAGUAAAAAUUGGAAUAAGUGCUUAUUGAAAGAAAAACUGCUCUGGUUAUAUUUGAAACAGAAAAUUGGCAAAGAAAAAAAUACUAUUUAAAAGUGCUAUAGUAAAAAAAAACAUAGAAAGAAGUUACUUAACUAUAAAUAUUUAAAUAUACAUAUAACUUUGAACGUAUUGGUGGUGCUAACGCCUAGAAUGGCCACAAGUUGUUUAACGUAUCAACAAACCAAAAUAAAUAAUUUAACUUAUUUGCAGCAGUACUUGAGCUCUAAGAUUUUGCUAUUAUCAUCAGUAUUUCAACAAUACGCACCACCUUUCAUCAUACGAUAUACUGACCGUGAACUAGACGGCAAGUUAGAAAUUUACUAAAGUAAAUAAUACGCCAAACAAAACACGAGAUUAUAAUAAAACAAAUAGAGUGGAAGUAAAUAAUUAUAAGCAAUAAUGUCUUCAGGUGGUGAGGGUGGCGAAGGUGUGUCUGAAGAUUCUUUGGAAUCUUCUUUGACUGCCUUCCAAACCAUGCCUAACGAUUUUCGUUCAGCAUUGGAUGAUUUUCGCAGCAAUUGGCAAAGAGAAUUAAAACAGAAACAAAACAACCCCGGCAUUAAUGAAACAUCAGAACAGCAGACCCAAACUGCCGAAGAACUGCAAGAGGCUGAAGAUGUUCUUAAGCCUCUCGUCAACGAUGAGCAGGCCGAACAGCAGGCAUUAGCUAAAAAUCUAUUCCAUAAGGCCGUAGAAUUGGAGCAAAGUGGCAAGGUGUAUGAUGCCAUACCAUUCUAUCGCAAGGCCGUACAAAUUGAACCUGACAUUGAAUUUAAGUACUAUGAACAUCAAAAACUUAAAACAAAUCUACAAAAUCCCAUGAAAGUAGUAUUAAAUGCUCCAGAGGCUAACGCAGACAAUAUCGAUUUGGUUGAUGAGGAUUUGCCAGAGGAUUUAUAUGAAAAAUUUCAAUUGGAUUUAUCACACAACCAGCAUGGUCAACUAAUACAAAGUAGCCGUGAUCCUGGUGUCAUUUCGACGGAAAUGCAUAUUUCUGAAUUGCCACCAGAAUUGUUAAUUUAUAUAUUGCGUUGGGUUGUUUCCAACCAGCUAGAUAUGCGCUCAUUGGAACAGUGCGCCGCCGUAUGUAAGGGCAUGUACUUACUGGCCAGAGACGAGGAGCUGUGGAAGUCGGCGAGUGCUAAAGUUUGGGGUAACAAUGUGGGCACCCUCACCCAAUCGGCAGCAGAGGAAGAACAGCCUACCAUCGACGGCCAUUGCCCCGUCAUACCCAGAUAUGCUACAUGGCGUCAAAUGUUUAUAGAACGUGAACGUGUCCUAUUCAGUGGCUGCUACAUUAGUAAAACAACUUAUUUGCGCAUGGGUGAAAAUAGUUUCCAAGAUCAAUAUUAUCGUCCGGUACAAUUAGUUGAAUAUUAUCGUUACAUACGUUUUCUUCCCGAUGGCACUGUUCUAAUGAUGACCAGUUCCGAUGAGCCCGCCCAAGGUGUGACCAAACUUAAAAAUCUCCAUCAAUUAAGACCGGACAUUUUACGAGGUCAAUAUCGUCUGUUUGGUUCAACAUUGACUAUUGUGGUUAGCAAACAACAGCAACAAACUAAAUUUAUAACAAAUGCUACAAGCGGUGGAGGGUACACAAGACACAAUAGACGUGCCAGUGCUACAUAUGACGAGGGGGCUUUUAAUAGUACAAAAUAUUGUAUAGAAUUUCGUAUUUUGAAUAAGUCAAAGAAAAAGUUUGCCCAGCUGGUGUGGUUGCAUUAUUCGAUUGUACAAACGCGUAAUAAACACGAAACAACUUCGGAAUUUGAAUUAAACCCUUCGAAAUAUCCACCCUUAUGGUUUUCACCAGUACGCAGCUAUCAUUUAGAUGCAGAUGCUCCCUUAGCUUAGGAUGUCGGGGUGAUUAAUGGUGAAUGUUGUGCUUAUAAACUUGCCCAGAUAUCGAGGGUAGUACGGAUAAAUUGAUGAAGUUUUUUAGUUUUGGUUUAAAUUUAACUUUUAAAAGCUACUUUCAUAAAGUGUUAUUUCAACGCUUAGCUUUUCCUUUUAGUUUAUAUAAAAGUGUAUAUAUAAAUAUUAUUCUGAAUAAAAAUAUAAUAUAAUCUAGUUAA